AUGAGCGACAACAACAUCAUUGAUACAUCAAGCGUUGAAGAUCAGUCGACUGCCGAAAGUACAUGUGAAACUUCAGUGUCAGCAUCAGCACGGAAAAUUAAUUUGGGUAACAAAGAGAUGCCUGAGUUAAAUAAAAGUGAAGUAAGUGGCUACCGAUUUAUAAAUCUUGAGAUUUGGGGAACUAUAUUUAAACCAUUACCCUGCAAGGAAUGCCAUGAAUGUCAGUUGAUGCUCAUUGAAGAUGAUCCUCAGUGUAUGGGAUGUGCAUCAUGUUUUUCAGUUUGGGGUAGCUCGUGUGGAUGUUGUGAAGUUUUUUAUAACUUAGAUUCUGCACUUCACUUGGUGGAAUCAACAUUAGGAUGUUAGGGUUUGCAAUCCAAGUGAGAAUAUAUACAUUUUAAGACCUAACCAGGAACGACUGCGAAAAAUGCAGCACAAGGUCCUCUGGUAGGAAUUGAACCUACGGCCCUACGGAAUCGCAGGGCCGUAGGUUCAAUUCCUGCCAGAGGACCUUGUGCUGCAUUUUUCGCAGUCGUUCCUGGUUAGGUCUUAAAAUGUAUAUAUUCUCACUUGGAUUGCAAACCCUAACAUCCUAAUGAAGUUUUUUAUAUCUCUGAAAAGCUUGGUCAUUGUUUUGAAAUCAACAGAAGAAUGACCUAUAUGAAAGUUGAUUGGUUGUGGGUCAUCAGCAAUGGAGAGGUUUUACCAUGAACAUGCCACCGCCAGUUAACCCUAAAGCUUUUGACUACAACAAAGCUAUAUUACAUGCUGUAAAAUAUGUUGCAGAAGAAACCAUGAAUGAUGCAGUCCAAGAAAUCCACAAUUUGAACAGUGCAGAAGUUGAUGAAGAUAGAAUUCUGAAACAUCUGUUUCUUGCGAUGAUAUGUGACGAAGGAGGUCGCGGCAUGGUUUGUUAUUUCCAUGGAAACAGGCAAAGUUCUUUACAUUGA